AUGGCGGGGUACCCGGAGGACAACCAGCACGCCAUGAACGGGUACGAGGAUGAGGUCGAAGAAGUGGAGGAGGUCGACGAGGAGGGCCGCCCGGGGCGGAGGGGGCGGCGAGAUGGGGGCGAUGGUGGCGGCUAUGGCGACGCCGGUGGGGAUGACGGGAGGGCUGGGGGCGGUGACUCGUCGGGGAAGAUUUUCGUCGGAGGCGUUGCAUGGGAGACAACUGAAGAAUCAUUCUCCAAGCAUUUUGGGAAGUAUGGGGCUAUAACUGAUUCUGUAAUUAUGAAGGACAAGCAUACUAAGAUGCCUCGUGGAUUUGGAUUUGUUACAUUUUCUGAUCCAUCUGUAAUAGACAAGGUUUUGGAGGAUGAACACAAUAUAGAUGGAAGAACGGUUGAAGUCAAAAGGACAGUCCCGAGGGAAGAAAUGUCCUCAAAAGAUGGCCCCAAGACAAGAAAGAUCUUUGUUGGUGGGCUACCUUCGACACUAACCGAAGAUGAUUUGAGGGAUCACUUCUCCUCGUAUGGCAACGUGGUUGAACAUCAGAUAAUGGUGGAUCACAGCACUGGGCGUUCAAGAGGUUUUGGUUUUGUCACUUUUGAAAGUGAGGAUUCUGUUGAAAGGGUCAUAUCUGAGGGAAGAAUGCGUGAUCUUGGUGGGAAGCAGGUUGAAAUAAAGAAGGCUGAACCAAAGAAACAUGGAGGUGAUCACAGUAGCAAUGGGAGAUCUAGUCACUCUGGUGGUGGUGGUUACCGUAGUUCUUACCGUAGUGGUGGAGCUGCUGCUAGUGGUGGCAGUAGCAGCGGCGGCGGCGGCGGUGGUGGCUAUGGCUAUGGUGCUGGUCAUCGAUCUGCUGCUGCAGGAAGUUAUUAUGAUAGCACGGGAUAUGGUUAUGGUAGAGGAGGCUAUGGCGCCGCCGCCGCUGCUGCCGCCUAUGGAGGCAAUGCUGGAUAUGGAUCUGGUUUUGGUGGUGGCUAUGGUGGCUCUAUGUACGGUGGUGCUUAUGGUGCAUACGGAGCAUAUGGAGGCGGUGCCUAUGGUGUGGGUGCUUACGGAGGCGGUGCCUAUGGUGCGGGUGCUUACGGUGGCGGCGCCUAUGGUGGCGGCGCUCCUGGUGGCUACGGUGCUGCAGGUGGUGGUGGGAGUGCAGGUGGUCGGGGCUCUAGCAGGUACCAUCCCUAUGGGAAAUGA